GAGUAUGCCUUCAAAGCCAUAAACCAGAGCGCAAUCACAUCGUUGGGACUGAAGGGCAAAGACUGCGCGGUUGUGGUGACCCAGAAGAAGGUGGCCGACAAACUGAUUGAUCCGAGUUCUGUCACUAAUCUAUACCGAAUCACACCAAACAUCGGUUGUGUGAUCACCGGUAUUGUUCCCGACUCGGCCUCUCAGGUCCAGAGAGCCCGCUAUGAGGCGGCAAACUUCAGAUAUAAGUUCGGUUACUCGAUGCCCAUCGAAGUGUUGGCCCGCAAACUGGCGGACAUCGCGCAGGUGUACACACAGAACGCGGAGAUGAGACCAUUGGGCACAUCUAUGAUGCUUAUCGCUCAUGAGGACGGUAAGCCGUUGCUGUAUAAGACAGAUCCGGCCGGUUAUUACUGCGGU